AUGGCCCCAAGCGCCUGCUUAGCUUCAAAGAGCAUGACCCAGAUGCCUCUCCAUGGAGCUCACGAUACUCUCGCGCAUGGGAAGAAGCCUCCAGCAGCAGACAGAGCUUAA